AUGAACUUGUGUUCUUGCUCAAAUUUAAAGCUUCUCAAUGUCUCAGCAUCUCCACUGGGUUCUUUUUCACCAGCUGUAGCAACAUGGUACGGCAGUGCCCAUGGAGCCGGAAGUGGAGGAGGAGCUUGUGGAUAUGGACCUGGUGUAGGGCAACCUCCAUACUCUGCCAUGGUUUCAGCUGGGAAUGCCAAUCUAUUCAAAUCAGGAAAAGGGUGUGGAUCUUGUUAUCAGGUGAAAUGCACACAAAAUGCAGCUUGCUCCAGGAAUCCGGUGACCGUGACGAUCACUGAUGAGUGCCCCGGGUCUUGCAACGACGAACUGUUCCAUUUUGAUUUAAGUGGAAAAGCUUUUGGAGCCAUGGCGAAACCAGGCCAAGAUGGAAAAUUGCGUAGCGCCGGAAAACUAAAUAUUCAAUAUCAAAAGGUGCCAUGCAACUAUCCUGGAGUGAAGGUGGCGUUUCGCGUCGGUUCGGGUUCUAACCCUAAUUUUUUUGCCUGUGCAAUUGAAUAUGAAGAUGGCGAUGGUGACCUUGCUUUGGUUGAGCUCCAUGCUGCGAGCUCAAAUCAAUGGCUUCCGAUGCAACAGUCGUGGGGCGCUACGUGGAAAAUUAACCUAAGUCCAGCAACAAAAGCUCCAUUCUCUAUCAGACUGACUACAGUUGAGAGCAGGAAGAGCAUUGUGGCAAACAAUGUGAUUCCCACUGGCUGGUCACCUGGUCAAACCUAUCGAUCAGUAGUCAAUUUUUAG